AUGCCGUCGCAUAUUCUACGAUGUGUUCAUUCAAAAAAUCGAAACUGUUUUCUUGGCAUUAAUCCACGUACAUUCAAUAAUAAUGCUCGACAUGCCUUGGAUUUCAAAGUUUCGACAGUACGAUUAAAUUUGGGAAAUGAUCGGUAUCUCUAUUUUUCAACAAUCGCGGAUUAUACAUUAAAUGAAGGACAAUUUUCAUUGAAUGGAUUUUUCGCAAUGAAAAUCGAUGUUCAAACGGAUCAAUUUUAUGAAAUGGAUGAAUUGAAUGAGUCAGUCGAAUGUCGAAGUGUAACAUUUUGUCCAGUAUCUGUUGAUGAUUGGGAAAUUUUGCAAAAUAAUACUGAAAUAACCGAAGACGUCUUUCUUAAUCAAAUACGAAUUCUUUCAUUACAUGUGAUGUUUCCGAUAUGGAUAUCCGGUUUAUGUAUUCUUCUUCGAGUUGUGCAAAUUGAACCCAGUGAUAAUAUUUCUUUUUCUGUGAUCAGUGCAUCGACUCGUGUAACAGUUGUGCCUGAAUUUCGAGAACAGUCAACAGCAAUUCAACCUGAGUCAGAUUCAUCUCUUCCGUCAAAUCUUGAAAUAAAGCAAUCUCUAUCAUUGAAGAGUUUUGUUCGAUCGAUUGGAACAUUGGUUUAUUCAUCGUUACCGAAUUCACCGAUGAAAAUUUUUAAUGAAACCGAAAAGAAAACUAUUGAUUUACAAUCGAAAUCGAAACUUGCUUUAGUGCCUGGCCGUCAUCGACGAAUCUAUCGAGUUGAACUCGAUGAAACAACAUUAAUAAAUCCUACUAUAGCUCGUAUUAAUCGUUCGGAUUGGUCAUCGGACGAUGAUGAUGGUACUGGUUGGCCAAACGUAUUUGUUGCUAAAGUAACUGUCUAUCGAUCGAGUAAAGAGAUUAAAUCAUUACCAUUAGAACCAACAGCAGCUUCAUUACCUGAGCAUAUAUCAAAAACAUAUUUUCUGUUAAUUCAAUUAGCGAACGAUAAUGUUUGCCGUCAAAAGCAUAUAAAAUUAAAUCAUUUAUUUGCGUCUAUGAAUUGUAUUCGUUCAACUGAUAAAAUAAUUGCUUGUAAUACAACACGACGACCAAGAAAUCGGACAAAAAUUGAAUUUAUUUCAAAUCUAUGGAAUGGACCGACACUUCUACUUCAACAUCAUUUUCAUAAUUGGAUUCGAAAAUCUUUAACUAAUGAUCAACCGAUAUUAAUUACGGAUGGAUGCAUCAUUAAACUUGAGGAUGUUUAUUACAAUAUUCAUUUGAGUAGUGAAGAUGAGCCAAUAAUAAAUGAUGGUCCUAUGUAUGUCGCAAUUAACGAAGAGACAAUUGGACAACAUGCAAUAGCUGUUGACGAGCAAAAAGAAUGGAAUUUUAACGAAAUUGAAACAUUUCGUUCAACGCCUAUUAUAGAAAAUUUUCUUAUUCUACAAGAACAAUCAUUAGCAUUAAGUAAUUAUAUCGAUCGUCUAUUACGAAUUCUUGAAUUGCAAUUACAAAUUAAUAUAAAGACAUCGUCAUGGAAUGAUUAUUUAUUUAAAAAUGUGAUAAUUACAGGUCGAAGCGGUAGUGGAAAGAAAACAGUUGUUGGAGAAUGUUGCCAACGAUUAUGGAAUAAGCAUUUAGUCUAUUAUAAAUUUGUUGAUUGUCUCAGUUUUAAAGGAAGAAAACUUGAUAAUGUUGUAAUUUCAAUUUCACAAAUAAUCGAUGAAGUAGUAUUUCGUCAACCAUCAAUAUUAAUUCUUGAUCAUUUUGAUGAUCUGUUCCCCAAUGAAACAACAAUUACAGAUGCAAACAUUAUUUUAGCUACUCAAAAACUAUCACUAUCUGUACGCGAAUUAUUUAAUCGUGCACAACAAAUCCAUAAACAAUUUAUUAUUAUUCCUAUUGUUAAACAAAUAACAAGUAUUCAUCGACAAUUUACUGAAGAAACACCAUUGUUCUGUUCACAAAUCUUAACUAUCGAACCAUUGAACGCAGUUCAAAGAACAGCGAUUAUUAAACAAGUGAUUGAAAAUAAAAGGCAAACAAUAUCCGAAACACUUUUACAGUAUAUUGUUAAUCGAACCGAAUCAUUUGUUGUUAAAGAUUUAUUUACAUUGAUUGAUAAUGCUUUAUUACAUUCAUGGAUGAGUUUCGACGAUCGACAAUUAGAAAAUAUUGAUUUCGAUUACGCAUUUGACGAAUUUAAACCCAUCAAUGUUAAAAUACUUGAUGAUGACACCAAAAAAACGAAUCGAAGUGCAUUUCAUUGGACUGAUAUAGGUGGAAUGGAAGACAUCAAACAAGAACUUAUUCAAACAGUUCAAUGGCGUUUUCAACGCUCGAAUUAUUUUUCCAAUGCACCUAUUCGAUUAAUAUCUGGUGUUCUUCUCUAUGGACCGUCUGGGUGUGGUAAGACACUUAUUGCUCAAACAUUAGCCAAUGAAUGUAAAGUGAACUUUUUACAAGUCAAAGGUCCUGAAUUAUUAAAUAAAUAUGUUGGUUCAAGUGAACAGAAUAUACGAGAUUUAUUUAAUCGAGCACGAUCGGUCACACCUUGUAUUAUUCUAUUUGAUGAAUUCGAAGCACUUGUACCACGACGUGGCCGAGAUUCGGCUGGUGUUACUGAUCGAGUUGUUAAUCAACUCUUAACAGAAUUAGAUGGUGUUGAAAGUCUCGGAGAUAUUGUUGUUAUCGCUGCAACAUCACGUCCAGAUUUAAUCGAUCCAGCUCUAUUACGUCCAGGUCGUUUAGAUAAACAUCUAUAUAUAGGUUUUCCUACAAAGUCCGAUAUAAUAUCAAUAUUAAAAAUUUGGACAAAAAAAAUACACUUAUCCGAUGAUGUUAAAUUUGAUGAUGAGACAAUUUUAUCACAUUGUGAAAUGUAUACAGGUGCUGAUAUAAAAGCACUUAUUUACAAUGCACAAUUGACUGCAUUUGAUGAAAAUGAAUCGGAAAAAACGAUUACUAUUCAUAGAAAUCAUUUUGUUUCAGCAAUGAAACAAACACCCUAUUCGAUACCAGUACAUAUGCGUAAUGCAAAUGAACAUUUCUAUCGAAAUUGGAGAAAACCGAUUAUAGUUGAUCGACAAACAACUUCUCUAGCAUGA